AAGGAGGGACAUUGGAAAAAUGAGUGCCCAGAAAGGGAAGGUACCCCUAUGAUGGCAGCGGAGGAUCAAGAAUAGGGGUGUCAGGGGAGACGGACCAUCCUGCCCCCGGAACCCUGAGUAAAAAUGUAGGUGGGAAAUUCGGAAAUAGACUUUUUAGUAGACUCUGGAGCGGCACGGACCGCUGUAAAUCAACCCCUUCAGCUGCCAGUGGCAGACUCCCUCACAGUGGUGGGUGCCACAGGGAAAGAAACUAAGUGCCCAGUGUAUGCCCCAGCGGAAUGUGCUUGGGGAAACAAAACUGUAUCUCACAAGCUGGUUUACUUCCCUGAUUGUCCAACACCCCUACUAGGACAGGACCUGCUUUGUUGCUUAGGCGCCACCCUGCAUUUCACGCAAGAUGAUAUAACUCUUACCUUACCCCCCGAGAAUGCUUGGAUAAUGACCCUUGCAGUUGAACCCUCAGCCAUGCAAGCCCCAGAGUGGAGCUAGUGGGAGGACCAGGUGUAUCCCCUUGUCUGGGCAUCAGGGGUCCCAGGGAAGGCAACCCAUCAAACCCCUGUUCAUAUUCAGCUCCUCCCAGGAAAAAGCCCAGUGCGAAUCAAACGGUAUCUGAUUAAAAGGGAAGCCAGAGAGGGACUGCAAGAGACUAUAGAUCGGUUCCUAGAGUACGGUGUACUUCGAGAAUGCCAGUCAGCUUGGAACACCCCCAUUCUGCCCAUACAAAAGCCCAAUGGCACAUAUCGGCUGGUACAGGACCUAAGGGCAGUCAAUGAGCGGGUUAAGACUCUGCACCCCCUUGUUCCAAACCUGUAUACACUGUUGGCCUCUAUAGGGGGGCAGUAUACCCAUUUCUCGGUCCUAGAUUUAAAGAUGCUUUUUUCACGAUUCCAGUCGACACCCAAUCUCAGGAGAUAUUCUCCUUCGAGUGGGAGGACAAACGGAGGGCUAAAAAGCAGCUUUGCUGGACAGUAUUGGCCCAGGGAUUUAAAAAUUCCUCCACUCUGUUCGGCCAGGAUCUGGCCAGAGACUUGGAGGAGUGGAAUAAUUCGGACAGAGUCCUCCUCCUGCAAUAUGUAGAUGACUUGUUAAUUGCUGCUGUGGGUCUAAUCCCUUGUCUCAAAGCCACUGUGAGCCUCCUGAAUUUUGUUGGACUCUGAGGAUACCGGGUAGCUGCAAGGUUCAAAUUGCUCUCUCAGAAGUACAGUAUUUAGAUUUCACAUACGGCAGGGGGGGCGGCAGCUCUCAAACAAAAGGAAGGAGGAUAUCUGCCAAGUUCCUAUCCCAAGCAACCGUAAAUGGCUCAGGGCAUUUCUGGGCAUGGCAGGCUUUUGCAGAAUAUGGAUCCUAGAGUUUGGACUGUGGGCUAAACCUCUGUAUGAAUGUGUUAAGGGAGCAGAUCAUGACCCCUUUCACUGGUCCCCAGAAGCGGACAGGGCAUUUAAAAUCUUGAAAAGGAAGUUGAUGGAAGCCCCAGCCCUGGGUCUGCCGGAUUUCUCUAAGCCGUUCCAACUGUAUGUGCAUGAAAGAAAAGGGGUAGCCCUGGGAGUGCUUACUUAGUUAUUAGGUGCCUGGAAACGUCCCGUAGCCUACUUUUCCAAACAACUGGACCAAGUUGCCAAGGGGUGGCCGGCAUGCUUGCGGGCAGUUGCAGCCACUGCCCUAGUGCUUGGGGAAGCUGAAAAACUGAUAUUGGGAAGAACUGUGCAAGUGUAUAUAUUCCCCAUAUGGUCCAAGCCCUGCUGGACACUAAGGGUGGUCUCUGGCUCACCCAGGCUCGGGUUGCUCGGUACCAGGUGAAACUGUUAGAGAACCCUGAAGUUACCCUGCAAACCUGUCCCUCCCUUAAUCCAGCUACCCUGCUACCAGAAACAGAAAAGCAGGAACAUGACUGUCUGGAAAACAUAGAUGCCCAAUACUCCAGCCGCCCAGAUUUAAAAGAUCAACCACUCCCAAAUGCUGACUUGGAAUGGUAUACCAAUGGCAGUAGUGCUGUUGUAGAUGGGCAAAGGAGGGCGGGUUAUGCUGUUGUGACCCUCCAUGAUACCGUGGAAGCUGAGAGUUUACCUGCUGGGACAUCUGCCCAGCUUGCUGAACUAGUGGCCCUGACUCGUGCACUCGAGCUGGCAAAAGACAAACGGGUUAAUAUCUUUACUGACUCAAAGUAUGCUUUUGGGGUAUUGCAUGCUCACGCUGGUCUGUGGAAGCAAAGGGGAAUGCUGACAGCCCAAGGCUCCCCGGUUAAGCAUGGGUCUCAAAUUCUCCAGCUUAUAGAAGCAGUACAACUCCCCUCAGCGGUAGCGAUGAUGCAUUGCAAAGCCCAUCAAAAGGAAGAUCAAGAUGUAACCAAGGGCAAUGCCAGAGCAGACAGGGAAGCCAAGCGCGCUGUUACCCUGAAAUCACCAACAGAGGAGAAUGCCCAAAUGCAUGCCCUCAUCCCAUCAGUAGGUGAGCUUGCAGCCCCUCAGUACUCCCAUGACGACAGAAACCUGGCUGACAGGCUCGGUCUCCAGGAAAAGGAGGGAUGGCUUUAUUCCACAGAAGGAAAAAUCCUCCUGCCCAAGGGCCCGAUCCGACCAGUGUUCAAAAAUUGCAUCAGACCACCCACGCAGGCAGAGAGGCUCUUACCCAGCUUAUGAAUAAAUCUUUUCUAACCUCUGGACUUAAACCCCUAGCAUCUCAGGUACAGGCUGAAUGUUUAAUCUGCCAAAAGAAUAACCCUCGACCAGGAGUAGCAGUGUCGCCAGCCACCCUGGAACCUACCCCAGGCCCAGGAUUGGUGUGGCAAAUAGACUUUACUGAGUUUCCCCAGACCCAAGGGUACAGGUACCGCCUCGUCUUGGUGGAUCGAUUCAGCGGAUGGCCCGAAGCCUUCCCAUGUCAUAACAACACUGCCAAAACGAUGGCUCUUAAGUUUGUCAAGGAGAUCAUUCCCCACUUCGGGCUCCCCCAGUGGAUGGAAUCUGAUAACGGAACACACUUCACAUCUCAAGUUUUUCAAAAGAUAUCAAGUGCCCUGCAAAUCCCCUGGAAGCUCCACACACCAUGGCGACCACAAGCCAGUGGAGUAGUGGAACGCACAAAUCAGACACUCAAGCGACACCUCUCAAAGGUCUGUCAAGAGGCCUCUCUUAGGUGGCCUGAUGCUUUGCCCCUUGUGUUACUCCGCAUUCGUGCUGUCCCCAAAGGCAGGUUAGGGCUUAGUCCCUUCAAAAUUAUGUUUGGAAGGGCAUGGCCUCUGAACGGUACACCGGUUCUGGCAGGAGAGUGGGAAAUGGAGUGUGGUUUCUUGUCUCAGUACAUGUGCUCUCUGUCGGCUGUUCUUUCUUCUCUUCACAGAUACACCAAAGAUUCACAGCCUCUUCUGCUGGAUACCCCAGUCCACUCCUUGCAGCCAGGCGAUUUUGUACUCGUUCGGACCUGGAAGGACGAGCCUCUCCAAGAGAAGUGGAAGGGACCCCACACCAUCCUGCUUGUUUCCCACACGGCAGCAAAGGUCGAAGGGCACAAAAACUGGAUUCAUCACUCUCGACUGAAUGCAGUACCCACUCCUAAACAGUGGACUGUCCAACCUGCCGAGAAAGCUUCUAGCGACGAUCUGGGACUUAAACUGUUAUUCAAAAGACAGUAAGGGUUGCUGGGAAUGCCUGGUGAUCUCUCUGAACAGCCACAGCGCACUCCCCACGAGAACCCUGAGCAUUGGUUCUAUCUGUUCACAGAAGGUGAUUCAUAGAUGACCAAACUUCCAUCCUAGGAAAUAUUUACAAACACAACUAUGCAAUAUAUUCAUAAAUACAGUGCUAUGCAGUGCAAAAUGUGACAGCCAUGCAGAAUACACCACUGAUAUUUGCUGUCUCUCCCAGAAUUUCCUUUGCUUACGUGCAGGAAGUCAAUGAUAUCAACCUGCAUGACAUACGAGAAGGACUUAGUUGUCCUGUGAUGAAAGAUUUUUUUUGCAGGAUUGUCAAGUCCUCCAGAAUUUUACAGUGACAGCAUUAUAGUUUCGUUAUGUAUGUGCCGUAACUUAUUUAUACUGUCCUGCAUUUAGAGUUCUUCCAAAUGCUUCUGGUUUGAUGCACAAUUAUUUAAUAAUGGUUACUGAUAUAACAAACAGAUAUGCUGAUCUUGACAAGAGGCAGAAAAAAAAGACGUAUAGUACAAAGAUAUACAAACGGGGAUUUUGUUCCUGUACCAAAGAGACCUAAGUUAGGGACCUUUGUCCUUGGAUUUAUUAGUUUUCAGCAUCAUUCUUGUUUUAAUAUUCUUUUAGACUCAAAUUCAAAGGAGCAGGAAUUUGAUAAACGAAAUGUGAAAUACUGUAAGCUACACUAAAGGAUACCGUUGAGGUCAGACAAGCACAUUCACAUUGUAUUUCUGCUUUUGUCUAGAUUGUUGUCUGGAAUGUGAAUGAUUUUUUUAAACUUCUUUCAAGAUAAAAACAUGAGUGGAUCUUAAUUUUUAAACCAAAGAGGUUUAUUAUUAAUGUAACUGGAUUUGUCUAAAGAACUGCUCCUUCAAAUCUGCCUUCAUAAUCAGAUGAGUCAUUUGUUUACUUCAUUUCUUUUUCAAACCUGCAAGGGGGUUUCCAAGCUGUCCCUUUUUCAGCAGAUGGAAUACUCGUAUGAUUCCAUCCCCAUAGCAACCACAGCUGCACCAGGCAACCAGUGCUCUGUUGAUUUCCACACCACACGUGAGGUCACUGGAGCCUGCAAAAUCUUCUUUAUACCGACCGGUGUCCUCUUUGAUUUAAUGCAGUUUAACAUUUGAUUUGACUCAUAUCCCAGAAAAUAUUGCUAAUACUGAAAAAUAAAAUAUAACACUCAUCUUAAAAAUAUGGCUGCAUAUGUAAUCCUGGGAAGUAUAAGGAAGUAUAAUUAAAAAAAAAAAAGAAAACACUAAGAAAUUUAUAGCGAAUAAUUAUUAAUAAUAAAUAUAGUAACAAUUAUAUUGAACUUUUCAUUUACAAAGCACAACUUAUAAACAGUAUUUAAAGGAACAAAUUAUGCAACAUUUUAUUUCUGUCCUAUUCAAAACUAUUAGAUGCAUCACAUUACCUUGUUUCAAAUGAAAUAAAAUAAAUAUCUGAUGAUCAUUAUGUAAAUAUACAGUACUGCUGUUCCGCUAAACUAAUUUUUAAACGUAUUUUUAUUUUUCUGCAGAAAGUAGCUAGUCUUAAAAACAGAAUAUGAACCAGAACACUAAAGAUUCUUCUCAUUGGCAAAGAAAACAGUGGUAUGUGUUUUUUGGGGUUUUGUUUGUUUAGAUCAGUUGUAUUUUCCUUGCAUAAACAUCAAAUUGCAGCCUGCAACACCUUUCUAUGGUUUUAUUUAAUAUUGUUGUAACAUGUCAGUUACCAUUUAUAUUAAAAAUGAACCAUUAUC